AAUGAAGUAUGUAGGUGGUAGGUGGUUGACAAUUUGUGAGAACUCAAGGGGAAAUGGCUUGUCUGCUGAGUUCUGUCUGCCUCCUGCUUCCGUCUUCUCACAACUCACUUGAUUUUUUCUAUCCAGGAGAAGUCCCUCAUCCUCUCUGUCUGUCUAUUUCUCAUUUCAUCGCUAUCCUCAGGCAAUGGUUGGCUUCUUUUUAUUAGGAACCUUUAUUUUGUACUGUGUGGGACAGAUCCAAAUUCAAGGGAUCCCCCAAAUAUGUGUGUCCCAGCCCUCAUGUUCAGCCUGCCUGAGGAGCCCUGGAUGUGCUUGGUGCAAACACAAGGACUUCCUGAAGUCUGGGGAGUCCACUGAGCGGAGGUGUGACACUGCUGAGUCUCUGAGGACCAGAGGCUGUGAGCAGACAGACAUCAUCAACCCCCAAUCAGAACUGGUCUUCCUAAAGAACAAUGAGCUCAGCAGCGACCCAGACAAUGUGGUCCAGCUUAAGCCACAAAACCUCCUCUUCAAACUCAGAGUCGGAGUCCCUCAGACCUUCAGUGUGUCAUUCAAGAGAGCCGAGGGCUACCCCAUAGACCUGUACUACCUAAUGGACCUGUCCUUCUCCAUGAGGGACGACCUGGACACCAUCAAGAAUCUGGGCCAGGAAAUCCUCUCUACGCUAAAAAACGUCACCAAUAAGGUCCGCAUAGGCUUUGGCUCAUUUGUGGACAAGGUGGCUCUGCCGUAUGUCAGCCAGGUUAAGGACAAGAAGAAGAACCCCUGUCCCAGCCGCCUGUACACCUGUCAACCUGCCUUCAGCUUCCAGAACAUUCUGGGACUAACCCAAGACGUGGCCGAGUUCAAGACCAGGGUCAGCAACCAGAUCAUCUCUGGAAACCUGGACUCCCCCGAGUCUGGCUUUGACGCCAUCAUGCAGGCAGCUGUCUGCCAGGGUGUGAUUGGUUGGAACAAUGUCACCCGGAUCCUGGUUUACACGUCAGAUGACACCUUCCACAUUGCCGGGGACGGCAGGCUGGCUGGGAUAUUCGAACCUAAUGAUGGGAAGUGUCAUCUCAAUGGCAGCGGCUUCUACGAUGGCACUAAAUAUGACUACCCAUCGGUUGGCCAGCUCGCCAGGGUCCUGGCAGCCAAUAACAUCCAGCUCAUCUUUGCUGUCACCGAGGACAGUGUUGCUGCCUACAAGGCAUUGAGUAAGCUAAUCCCUCAGUCAGUGCUGGGAGUCCUGAAGAACGACUCCAGCAACGUGGUCCAGCUCAUCUUAGAGGCCUACAGUAACCUGUCCUCCACUAUCUUAUUGGAGCACCAUGGAGCCCCCUUAGGUCUGGACGUGACCUACAGAUCCCACUGCACCCCUGCAGAAGGGGACAACACCCCGUGGCAGAGGAGGGGCGAGUGCAUGAACGUCAAGCUCAACCAGCAGGUUGACUUCACAGUGAGUCUGAAUAUUUCAAUGUCUGAAGGAGAAUGUCUGAAGGAGAAGAAGCAGUUUGUCCUCAAAUUGCAGGGCAUCAGCGAGACCCUGAAGGUCUCCGUGGAAACCCUGUGUGACUGUGACUGCCAUGACACAGAACAGCAGUCCACACACUGCAAUGAAAAGGGAACGCUCAACUGCGGAAUCUGCAGCUGUGACGAGGACCACCUGGGUCAAAGGUGUGAGUGUGAGCAGCCUAAGGACAUGAUCUCUGCCGACUCUAUGGACACAACAUGUCGCCAAGACAGCUCCCCGCUGCUAUGUAGCGGGCACGGGGGCUGUGAGUGUGGCAUAUGUGUGUGCCAGGGAACCCACCGUGGUGAUUUCUGCCAAUGUGAUGACAACAGCUGUGACCGCCACAACAACAUGCUCUGCAGUGGUAAUGGGCAGUGUGACUGUGGAACAUGUAAGUGUCAUGCCAACUACACAGGCUCUGCGUGUGACUGUUCCACCCUCACUGACCAGUGCAGGACUGCUGGGAAGCUGUGCAAUGGCCAGGGAACAUGCCAGUGUAACCAGUGCCAGUGCAACAAUGACUUCUUUGGCAUGAGCUGCUCAAAGAUUGCUAAUGCAUGCGCAAAAUUCCUGGCCUGUGUGACGUGUGAAUUGGCCAAUAAGGAAAGUGAUGGACUAAAGAGUAACUGUAGCCGACCAUGUGGCUCAGUCAAGCCCACUUGGGUUGAGGGACCCCAGGAGUUCCCUUGCAGAGAAGACACCAUCUCCUACAAAGUGGAGCUGUUCCCUGACGGCAACAUCCUGGUCCUCUACGCAGAUCUGCCCCGCUCUGUUGACAAGACUUAUGUGAUCAUUGGCAGCUCGGUGUCCAGCAUCAUCUUCAUUGGGAUCGCAGUGAUCCUCAUCAGCUGGCUGAUGCUGGAGUUCCACUACCGGAGAGAGUACGCCAGCUUCCUCAAAGCAACGGAGACUGUAGUCUGGAAAAAUAUCGAAAAUCCUUUGUUCCAGGACGCCACAACCAUAGUUAUAAACCCCAUACACAUUCAAGAGGACUGAUCCAAACCCAUUCAACUCUGAAGCCAACCAACACUUUACUUCAGGAAAAUCUGUUACAUACAGUAAUAAGCGAAAGUGGGACCAUAUACUGAUCCUAACUUCUAGAAGAGGAACUGCUUGUUCCUUUAUCCACUUUCAUUGGAAAAAUUCAAUGAGCCGAUUUGUAUAAUAAAUAUAAAUUUGAUGGACUAAAAUUAUAAAAUAUUAGAAUAUUGAAUCUCCCUAAAGGCUUAAGUCAUAUAAAAGUUAUACUUAAAUCGGAACUGGUUCUCUAGCAGAUUAGUAAGAAUGGCUCACCCCUUGAUCAAAAAUGGACUUUUUCCCUUUGUCCAGAUUAUAACCUCUCAGUUUCGGUUAUUUUAAAAUUAAAACCUCUCCAAAAUAUCUCUAUUUUUUAAACAAGCCAUAGAAAGAUGGUUACAAUUUCAGUUUAAUUUUUCCUACCGAACCACAUGACCUUUGGAGGUGUUCAGAACCAGGUUAAGGGCAGAGAAAGCUUGUUGGACACUAAGGAAGCUUUGUUGUAGAGCUUUUAACACAUAAUCCAAGGAGGGGCCAGUUUAGAAUAAGACUGCUUCCUACUGCUUGACCUAUGUUGUUGAUGUAAAUUGUAUAUGGGGAAUACAACCAUCCCAGCUCUACAGAUUUUGCUGCGAAGACACAGAAUCAUUAGAUAAAUUGAUUUGGUACUGCUCAUAUGUAUGUAGCUUGUUUUUGGUUACAAGUUCAGGAAUGGCUGAAAAAUCACACCAUUUACCUAGACCUUACUCUGCAAAUAGCACUGCUGGCUGACUUGAAAAGCCAUAGUCAAUCAAUCAAUAAUAUAAUAAUACAAAUUUUAAUCUUUCAUUUACCAUCUGUAGAAACCAAUGGCGGUUGGUGCCGUUUAAGAUUAGGGAGGAAAAUAUUUUUUUUAUGAGCAUGGUCUUAUUUCUAUUUAAGCAAUAAGGAAUGG